AUGGGACACUUGCGCAACAAACAACGCCGUCAUCAGGCCAAGGAAGCAGCAUUGCAGCGCGAGGAAAGAUUGCGUCGAUUGGAAGAAAUGGAUCUGGCGAAUAUGCCCCUAAGAUUGGACAUCAAAAGACGACUUACGUCGCGGUCGGACCGUGUGAAGUCCGCGGAUCUGCACCCGACGGAACCAUGGGCGCUGUGCGCGCUGUACAACGGCCACGUCCACGUGAUGAACUAUGAAACACAGCAGCUUCUGAAGGACUUUGAGGUGUGCGAUCUGCCGGUUCGUUGUGCUCGGUUUGUGGCCCGCAAAAAUUGGAUCCUCACCGGUUCGGACGACAUGCAAGUGCGCGUCUUCAACUACAACACACUGGAAAAGGUCCAUUCAUUCGAGGCGCACACCGACUACGUCCGCUGCAUUGCCGUGCACCCGACACAGCCCCUGAUUCUAACUUGCAGUGAUGACAUGCUGGUAAAGUUGUGGAACUGGGAAAAGCUUUGGGCGGUGCAGCGAGUUUUCGAGGGUCACACGCACUACGUUAUGCAGGUUGUGUUCAAUCCGAAAGACAACAACACCUUCGCAAGUGCAUCCCUCGACCGAACGGUGAAGGUUUGGCAGCUGGGAUCAAACGUUCCCAACUUUACGCUCGAGGGUCACAAUCAAGGGGUCAACUGUGUGGAUUACUACCAUGGCGGCGAUAAACCGUACCUCAUUUCCGGGGCCGACGAUCGGAUGGUGAAGAUCUGGGACUAUCAGAAUAAAACCUGCGUCCAGACGCUUGAAGGCCACACACAGAAUGUGUCGGCUGUGUACUUUCACCCGGAGCUGCCCAUCUUGUUGACCGGCUCAGAGGACGGUACCAUUCGCAUCUGGCACUCGGGCACCUACCGGUUGGAGACCUCGCUGAACUAUGGCUUCGAGCGUGUCUGGACGAUUGCUUGCAGGCGUGGCACUAACAAUGUUGCUUUAGGUUACGAUGAGGGAUCCGUCAUUAUCAAGAUUGGGCGAGAGGAACCCGCCAUGUCGAUGGAUGUCAAUGGCGGAAAAAUCGUGUGGGCCCGUCACUCCGAGAUGCAGCAGGUCAACCUCAAGGCUCUCCCGGAAGGUACGGAAAUCAAAGACGGAGAACGCCUCCCGGUGGCAGUUAAGGAUAUGGGAGCGUGCGAAAUCUAUCCGCAAACGAUUGCUCACAACCCGAAUGGAAGAUUCGUGGUAGUUUGCGGCGAUGGCGAGUAUAUUAUCUAUACCUCGAUGGCACUACGGAACAAGGCGUUCGGGUGCGCUCAAGAGUUUGUGUGGGCCUCGGAAAACAGCGAAUACGCAGUGCGCGAAUCGGGCGGCCAGGUUAAGUUGUUCCGCAAUUUUAAGGAACGCAAAAGUUUCACGCCAGACUAUGGGGCAGAAGGAAUUUUCGGUGGUCAACUGCUAGCAGUCAAAACGUCGUCCGGUCUAACGUUUUACGAUUGGGAAAAUUUAGAGCUCAUCAGAAGAAUCGACAUACUACCGAGACACGUGUUCUGGAACGAAGCGGGAACAUUGGUUUGUUUGGCCGCCGGAGAGUUUUACUUUAUACUGAAAGUGGACAUCGCUAUGAUACAGAAUGCUCUGGCCACUAAACAGCAAUUGAGCGAGGAUGGCAUUGAAGAAGCGUUUGAAGUACUUGGAGAAGUUAAUGAAUCGGUGCGUACGGGAUUAUGGGUUGGCGAUUGUUUCAUCUACACAAACUCAGUUAACCGGAUCAACUACUACGUCGGCGGAGAAAUCGUUACCAUCUCGCACCUGGACCGAACCAUGUACCUUCUGGGCUACGUACCGAAGGAUAACAGAUUGUACUUGGGCGAUAAGGAGCUGAAUGUGACGAGCUUCGCUCUGUUGCUUUCCGUGCUCGAGUACCAGACGGCUGUGAUGCGACGCGACUUCGAAACGGCAGACCGGGUGCUGCCAACCAUUCCGAAAGAGCACCGCACCCGCGUGGCACAUUUCCUCGAGAUGCAAGGCUUUCGUCAACAGGCGCUGCAGGUGUCCAUCGAUCCCGAACAUCGGUUCGAACUGGCGCUCAAGAUAGGCGAUCUCGACACGGCUCUGGUGCUCGCCCGGGAAUCAGACAGCCCGCAAAAGUGGAGCCAGCUUGCAAGCAUUGCGACGAGCAAGAAUAAAUUCGAUCUCGUCAAGGAAUGUCUAACGAAUGCGAACGACUAUGGCGGUCUUUUGCUAGUGGCUACCAGCUCCGGUGAUAGCGAUAUGCUUCGAAAUCUCGGCGAAAACGGUGUCUCCCAAGGAAAGUUCAACAUUUCCUUCCUCUCCAUGUUUUUACUGGGUGAUUUGGAGAAAUGCUUGGAAAUCCUGAUCCAAACCAAUCGGAUACCGGAAGCCGCGUUCUUCGCUAGGACAUAUAUGCCGAAUAAGAUUUCAUACGUGCUGGAAAUCUGGCGCACGGAGUUGGCCAAAAUCAACGAAAAAGCUGGCCAGAGCUUGGCCGAUCCGCAACAGUACGAAAACUUGUUCCCCGGAUUUUACGACUCGGUGAAAACGCAGCAAUUUCUUCUGCCAGAAAGGAGUACACUUUUGCCGGCAAAUGCAGCCACCAAAGUACCACUGAACAUGGAUCGGACACCGAUGGAUGAAAUGAAAGAAGCUGAAAAUGAGGGACGAUUCGAUUACAAUCCCAGCACAUCGGGGGCUGACAUCGCAGUUACGUUGUCCAACGGUGUCCUAGCACAGCUGCAGAGUAUCGACAAAACCGAGCCGGCUUCCGUUGAUAACAAAAUCGGGGAAAGCACAGCUGUCAACAUCAGCUCGGAAAAGAUGUGUCCCACCGUGUCGUCAUCAACAGGCGGAAAUGACGAUUCGAGCGCGGGAAUCGGCUCCUCGUUGCACGUGAAACGGAAGACCUCGCUGGAUGAUUUCGAAUCGGAAAUCGAAGCUCUGAAUCUGGAUGAUAACAUCGACACGUCGGACGUAAAUAUAGACGACGUUGAGCUCAGUGACGAUUGAGCUUUCAAGAAGGAAACACCCUUUCAGUAUCGACAACGUUGGAGAAUUUAGCAAAAAAGAGUUUUUUCGUUUACGUUUACUAUUCCUUCACACAUGCACAUAGCUGAUUUGCUGUCGGAACACCUAACAGGAUCGAACGAGAGGCACCAUCGCGCGUGUGUGUAUAUAACCACGUUCCGAAUGUUAAAUAUCGCCAGGGAAAGGCCAUAUCGCCGUUAUAUCCGUUGCGAAGCAAGUCGCACUUCUAAUAUAUGCUACUAUUAUGAAAAAAGCCCUUGAAAAUACAUUUCUUGAUCUUUUUAAAUUUCUAAUUUCAUUAAAUCGGACCGGGGAAAGUUAAGAACUGGUUGAAAGGAAUUGCGGAAUCAUAGAACCAUAUUCACACGAAACCUCACACGAAAUCUGCCUGUAAAUCUGCCAUUGCGGAUUAUUUUGGUACCUUUAUCUUCAUUAUCACUUUUAACUUUUAUACACACACGCCAGUGUGCUACAUGCUUUGGCUUUGGGUUGCAAAACAACAAAAAUAGAUCCAAAGUUCAAAAUGCUGAGUAAUUGUUGUAAAACAACACGGUUGUUAUGUGACGUUCAGUUCACCUAUGUUCUUGUGUAUUGGGCCUUCGAAAAUGUAUGGUUAUGAUUUAUUUUUAACAAUCCAAGGAAAUAACAUCAACCUGAAAUGUGC